AUGAAGUCCUGGACAAACUUGGAGUGCCUUAGUUCCUCUGUGAUUCCCAGUGUUGCAGUCGAGGAGGUUCCCAGGCCCAAUGUGCAACGUGCAAGCAAUGAGGAAUCCCAUGAGCAAGAGAAAGACAUGGUGGACUCCUUUCGCCUCACAGAUUUCUGGCAAGCUUACGAGGAGUGGAGCGCUUACGGCGCCGGAGUCCCGAUCGUGCUGCCUACUGGAGAGUCCACCGUGCAAUACUAUUUCCCUUCAUUGUCCGCGAUGCAAAUCUUCACUUACAAGAAGUUCGGCAAGGCGCAUCCCGAUCUCAAAUCAUCCAAGAGGUCCGGAGAGGGGUCGUCGUCUUCAACUGAGUCCGAGCACCAGACCGUGAUCAGUGAUGGAAGCAAGAGCAGCUCAAACUCCCCAAGCAGUGGCUCAAGUAAGCUCCUUCACAUUUUUGCAAAUUCCAGAUAA